AUGGGAUUGUUAACAUUCCCUCUCAAAUACAUUGCAAAGAAAGUCUUUGGUGAAGUGGAAAUUGGCUCCGCAUUCGAAGAUCCAUUUUUUGAAGAAGUAGAGUUUGAAAAGCGCUCCUUCUGGUCCGGAAGUACCAAGAUCGUUAAGAAACGUCGUGACAAGAGUAUCCCAGAAAGAGUUCCCGAAAUCGAUGGUAAAAUUCUGCGCCGUGUGCGCAAGAGAGCGUACCGUUUGGAUAUGGCUUUCCACAUCGGCGGCGUCAGGUUUGGUUGGUUAGGUGUGAUUGGUAUUCUCCCCGUAGUCGGUGAUUUGAUGAUCUUAUGGCUAUCGCUACAGGUUUACAGAGAAGCGAUGAAAGUGACAGGUGGUCUACCUCCCGCUGUAUCAGCGCAAAUGUUGACCAAUAUUGCGCUGGAUUUCGGCCUUGGUUUGAUACCCAUUGUGGGUGACUUCGUUAGUGUAUGUUACAAGGCUAAUUCCCGGAAUGUCUUAGUACUCGAAAAGUUCUUGAAGAACAAAUAUCACAGAGUAGCGGCGCCGGUCGCAGCGCCUCGACGCGUGCCGAUAACACAAUAG